UCCCUUGCACGAUGGGCGGAGGCGGCGGGCUACCACAUCUAGAAUCCAAUGGAGAUCACGUCGUCUUGGCAAAGGGCUGUUCCAAUAAUUCAGGAGGCGCAAAGUCCGGGAGGCAAAAGGGGAGCGAGGAAUCAGAAGCCUUUGGAGGAUCAUCUACCGAAAGCCCGUCACAACAGCCAGAUCACGAGCGUCGCGACCAGAGGCUAGGUUCGCGCCGUUUGGUUAUGGCGUAGUACGCAACUC